AUGAAUCCACCAUUCGGAACGAAGAAUAAUGCAGGUAUUGACUUACUUUUUGUUAAAGCUGGCAUACAAAUGUUACGUAUUGGUGGUAGCGUAUUUUCUUUGCAUAAAUCUGCUACAAGAGAUUACAUUCUCAAAUCUGCCAAUAAGUGGGAUAAUACAGAAGCCAAAUGUGUUGCGCAGUUACGGUGGGAUCUUCCCGCUACGUACAAGUUCCAUAAGAAAAAAUCAGUUGAUAUCGAUGUUGAUUUGAUACACUAUAAAAAAGUAUAA